AUGAGCAGCCAUUGGCAGAAACCGUAUCGCCUUUUUGCUAGAUGCGUACGAGGUAUCGAGGGAGCAUUGGCAAAUGAACUCGAAUCAUUGGGCUUUCCCAGGCAUUGCCUGAUUAAGGAUCGUUCCGGCGUGACCGUUGAGGAAGGCUCGUUGCGCAGGCUUUACUUCUUGUCCUACUUCUCGAGGUUGUGCAAUGGAGUGUUUGUUGAGGCCGCAUCAUUUCCGUUGAAAGACAAGGCUGCCUUCACGGAUAGUUGCGCUGCCAUAACGUGGCCUAACUUCAUUCGGACCAACGGCUCAUUUUUAGUGGAAUCGCACAUAUCUGAAAGCAGCGGGUUCCUACAUUGCGGCCGAUACGCUUCGCAAUUGGUCAAGGAUGGCGUGUCGCAUCAUUUCGGCCGCAGCCUGGGGAUGCCAACGCCGUCGGUAUCGUUCAGCGACCCAGAUGUGAAAGUGUUACUCCACGUCGGUAGAGGUGAAGCUAGGGUUCUAGUUGAUGCCGUAGGCGCUUCCACGUCAGCUCGCAGCUACCGUUACAAGCCUGCCAUCAGCGACAUCGACCCCACGGUGGCAGUGGCACUCCUGCAUGACAUCGGUUUCGCCUCCCACCAUCCGAGUUGUUCCGACCUGAAUGACUACGAACGCCUCUGUACAGGUGGUGUUGAGGAUGGAGUUGCCUCGGGUCAUUCAAUCGAACACCCAAUGGAUGACGCCUCUCCAUGCCAUUCAUCGGCAACAACAUUGAAAUCCCCUUGCGAGCCCCUCAGUGAUGGCAGUAAUAUCGCAUCUAAAGGAGCCGAACCUGAUACAGGCGCUUAUAAAUCUCCGAUUCCAAGCAAAUAUCUAUUUAGUGAAUCUACAGCACCCGCUUAUGGCAAUGUGGUCGACUUGUUUUGCGGCUGCGGCACAGUUUUGAUCGAAGCGGCCAUGAUGGCAGCUCGCAUAGCGCCGGGCUCGCUUUGGCCAAGCAUCAGCUUUCGGAAAUUCGGUGUAUACGAUGAUGCAUCGUUUAGGCGCCUGCAGAAAUAUGCAGCCGGAAUCAAGUUGUCCAAGGACUCCGAAGCUUACCAGUCGCUGCUCGGCAGUUUUGUGGGCAUCGAAUCCUGCUGGGAAAAGGUAGAAGCGUGCCUCUACUCUGCUGAACGCGCCGGAGUGCUCGAUCUACUACGGAUAACUCAGAGCGACUAUUUGAAGGACGGUUUGUACACCGCCCACCGCAGCCGCAAAGAGAGCGAGCGGUGGCGGUACCUCAUAGCGCAGCUACCGCGACUGAAGUGCAAAUUUAGCGACGUACCUGACCAUUCGGGAGACGUAGCCGUUGACAGCACUUCCAACAGAAAGAGGCCCGGUGAUACAAACUCGUUGCCACCAGUGACUGACCGCCGUACGAGAAAUACGCGGCCCACCCAAAAUAGAAAAGCGCAACGGAGUUCUUCAGCAGUCUCUGCACUAGAUCCGCUUCGAUAUUGCAAGCUAGUGCACAACAUAUCCAAAUUUAAGCAGAGGUUUUUCGAAGAUGAUGCCAGGUGCCUGCUGGUUGCACCCUCAAUGUUGCAUCUGCCGAACAUGGAGACCGCCCACGGUGGUCCGUUGCAUGGCGGCAGGGCGUUCGUAAAGUCCGGAGUGCCAUCAAUGGCCUACCACAGCCAUCGGGAAGAUGUCACCAACAAGUGA